AUGGAUCCUAGAACUCCAAUUGUCCUGGACCAAGGAACUGGUUUCGUCAAAAUUGGGCGCGCCGGGGAGAAUUUUCCGGAUUACACAUUUCCAUCGAUCGUUGGUAGACCUAUCCUGAGAGCAGAGGAGCGGGCCAAUGUCAGCACGCCUCUCAAGGAUAUCAUGAUUGGUGAUGAGGCCAGUGCAGUCCGGUCCUAUUUACAGAUAUCAUACCCAAUGGAAAAUGGGAUAAUAAAAAAUUGGUCCGACAUGGAGCUCUUGUGGGAUUAUGCAUUUUACGAUCAAAUGAAUCUUCCAUCUACCUCUGGUGGUAAAGUUAUGCUUACUGAACCUCCCAUGAAUCCAGUUAAAAACCGGGAACAAAUGUGCGAAGUGAUGUUCGAAAAAUAUGAUUUUGGCGGUGUUUACGUGGCAAUCCAAGCUGUCCUUGCAUUGUACGCUCAGGGUUUAUCGUCUGGUGUGGUGGUCGAUUCUGGUGACGGUGUUACACAUAUAGUUCCCGUUUACGAGUCCGUGGUGCUUAAUCAUUUAACCAGAAGGCUGGAUGUAGCAGGGAGAGACGUCACAAGACAUUUGAUAGAUUUGCUUUCAAGAAGAGGUUACGCCUUCAACAGAAGUGCAGAUUUCGAGACUGUUCGCCAAAUAAAGGAGAAGCUAAGUUAUGUAUCAUACGAUUUGGACCUAGACACUAAGCUUGCGAGGGAAACAACCACUCUUGUCGAAAACUACGAGCUUCCAGACGGCAGGGUUAUAAAAGUCGGGUCUGAAAGGUUUGAAGCACCGGAAUGUUUGUUCCAACCGAACUUGGUCGAUGUAGAACAACCUGGCGUGGGUGAAAUGUUGUUCAACACAAUCCAGGCAGCGGAUGUUGAUGUUAGAAGUGCUCUUUACAGAGCCAUCGUCCUGUCCGGUGGCUCUAGUAUGUAUCCAGGGUUGCCUUCCCGGUUAGAGAAAGAACUGAAACAACUGUGGUUCACAAGAGUUCUUCGCAAUGACCCCUCUCGCUUAGAAAAAUUCAAAGUGAGGAUAGAGGACCCGCCCCGGAGAAAGCAUAUGGUCUUCAUCGGUGGUGCUGUUUUGGCAAAUAUUAUGGCCGACAAGGAUCACAUGUGGCUCACAAAACAGGAAUGGCAAGAGAUGGGGCCUGCAUCCAUGUCGAAGUUCGGCCCCAGGUAG